CACUGAAAUAUGACCUCCGUUUCACUCCUCUCCAAAAUCUUUUCUAUUCUCCACAUUCGAUCCCAUCUCCUCUGCCUGCCAGAGGCCCAAAUCGGCUGAUUCAAUCGUUUGAAUAACUUAUCAUGGAACUAAUGAAGAGUUCCGAUUCACAAUACAAUAACAACAAAGCGUUUACCCCAUCAGAGAUGAUGGAGGAAGUGAAGCAACUUCUGUCUAUGGUUAUCCCAAUCACGGCGAUGAACUGCCUGGUUUAUCUUCGAGCAGUUGUGUCCGUGCUGUUCCUAGGGAGGCUGGGCAGCCUGGAGCUAGCCGGCGGUUCUCUGUCAUUAGGUUUCACGAAUAUCACGGGGUACUCGGUGCUAGUCGGACUAGCAUCGGGGCUAGAACCGGUGUGCAGCCAGGCGUACGGCAGCAAUGGCAGCGACAAGUGGGAUCUAUUGUCUGUAUCUCUUGUCCGGAUGAUAUUCAUACUAUUGAUGGCGAUCAUACCGAUCAGCCUACUAUGGGUAAACCUGGAACCGAUCAUGCUGUGGAUGGGGCAGGAUGCAGCGAUCACAUCAAUGGCUGCGACGUACUGUAUAUAUUCUUUACCAGACCUCUUAACAAACUGUCUGUUACAGCCGUUAAGGGUCUAUCUAAGGUCACAGGGGGUGACGAAGCCGAUGAUGUGGUGCAGUAUGAUUGCAGUGGCGUUCCACGUGCCGUUGAACUACAUGCUAGUAGUGGAGAUGGGAUUGGGUGUGAGCGGGGUGGCAAUGGCUUCGGUGGUGACCAACUUGAACAUGAUGGGGCUGAUGGCAGGAUACGUGUGGAUGUACGGGAGAUGGAGGUGGACAUGGAGAUGGACGGAUGGGAUUGGGAUUACGGGGGUGGGUCCAUUGCUGAGGUUGGCUGUGCCGAGUUGUAUGGGAAUAUGUUUGGAGUGGUGGUGGUAUGAGAUCGUGACCGUUCUUGCUGGUUAUCUGGCCAAUCCGCAACUGACAGUGGCAGCGACUGGGAUACUCAUCCAGACAACUAGUCUUAUGUACACUGUUCCCAUGGCUUUGGCUGGCUGUGUAUCUGCCCGAGUGGGCAAUGAGCUAGGCGCCGGAAGGCCAAACAAGGCAAAGCUAGCUGCAAUGGUGGCACUAUCGUGUGCAUUCGUAGUUGGUUUGAUGAAUGUGAUUUGGACCGUCAUCUUUAGAGACAAAUGGAGUGACCUUUUCAGCAAUGACCACAUGCUCACAUCACUUGUUUCAUCAGUGAUGCCUAUCAUGGGCCUUUGUGAGCUUGGCAACUGCCCGCAAACCACAGGGUGUGGGAUCCUCCGUGGCACUGCUAGGCCUGCGGUUGGUGCCCGGAUCAACCUCGGGUCUUUUUACUUUGUGGGCACACCGGUAGCCGUAGGCUUAGCCUUUUUCUUUGGGGUCGGCUUCACUGGUUUGUGGAUUGGGCUCUUAUCGGCUCAGUUUGCAUGUGCGAUUUCAGUUUUGUAUUCAGUUGUUGUUCGUACGGAUUGGGAAGGAGAGGCUUUGAGAGCUCAGAGACUCACCAAUACUACUUCUUCUUUAGAGAUGGUCAUUAAUUGACACUAAUGUUAGUGAAAAAGGAUUCUUGAUGAUCGGAUAAACGUAUUUAUCAUGUUUUGGAAACAAUAUAAUUAAUAAUAGGCCAACG